UCGCGGUGUCCGAUUGCCGAUGGUCCCCCCCUUUUUUUCCCACUUCAAUCUCUUUCCUUCCCGCAGUCUUCGAUAAAUUAUUUGAUUUUUUUUUUCUCUUGAACAACGUGAUGUUUUGGUAUUAAGUUUUUUUUUUUUUUUUUUUUGUUUUUUUUUUCCUGUGAGCCCUAGCUGUGUGCAUGUAACUUUGAAAUGUCCCUAACGUGACUUUUGAGUGAAGUCAAGAGGUGUCAUUAGAACAAAUUGUUUGUUGAAUCAUCUCCCCGCAAAAUAUAGAAGCGUAGGUGAAAUUAAGAAAAAUGGCUGACAAAGCUAAAAAGCCAGAACCCAAGAAGGAAGGUAAAAAAGAGGAGCCACCGAAAGAGGAACCAAAAAAAGAGGAACCAAAAAGUGAAGAGCCGAAAAAGGAAGAGCCGAAAAAAGAUGAAGAACCAAAGGAACUCAUGCCAAAGGAGGAAGAUCUACCCCCGAGAGAACUGACUCUGACCGACAAAAUCUUGGAGCUCUACGAGCACAUGAGCCAAAAUCCAAGCCUCGUGUCUGCUCGAAUAAUUUCCAUAGCCAGAAACGGUAUAACUGUACAAAGCGUGUGGUCCCAGAGGAAUCUGCAAAGAAAGAUGAAACAGAAGUUUACCCAGGACUUCAGUUUGGACGCGGAGAUGCAGCCGCUUCUCGAAAGUUUUCCCGUGGAUGUGACCACCGAGUUGUUGACAGCCUCCUCGGAAAACGAAAGAUUGAAAGCCAUUUUGAGGGAAGUCGUGGCGGAUGGGAAGAAAAAACACUUUAUCGAAAUUUGGGACAGGCAACACCUCACCAAAUCGUACGACCUGUCCGUCUACGAUUUUCAUGGGGAAAUUUACACCGACAAUGUGUUCAGUUCGUUUCAAUUUUCGCCCGACAAUAAAAAGCUGAUGUAUAUCGCUGAGAAAAAAUUGAGAAAAGUCGAGCCGUUCUACAAACAAAAGCCCAAGUACAGAUAUGCAGUACAAGAGUCCGAGGAGGAUCCCCCGCUUAGGGGUGGCGAGUACGAGUACAAGCCCGACUGGGGCGAGCAAUUGGAGGGCAAGCACCGAUCCGUCAUUGUGCUGCUGAACCUUGAAACCGACAGUUUCUUUCCACUGCCCUUCGUACCGGACGAGUAUUUUCCCGCCGAAGUCAUUUGGACGCCCAACGGGCAAUGCAUAGUCGGCGUUGCUUACAAACUGUACAAAAGAUAUCUGGGCCGUUACGGCUGCAGCAACCGGGAAUCUUACAUUUUCAUACUCAAGGGAACGGAGUUUCGCUUGCUGACUGGGCCCGGCCAAGCUUGUAAAACGCCCCAAUUCAGUCCCAACGGAAAACACCUUAUAUGGCUGGAACGGGAUAUUGGAAAACCACAUCACAACGUCCAGAGGCUUAUGCGGAUAAAAUGGGAUGUCGUGGAGACUCCCGACAUUGUCGUCGACGUCGUAAAAACUAGCAUGACAAUAGCCAAUGACAAAGUAUUUUACGGAUUUUACGGCCAAAGUAUCCCAAAGCGCUGCUGGAGCAACGAUUCCGAGCACCUGUUUCUCAGUACGCCCCAAAGGUCCAGCAUAAAGUCGUACGUCGUCAACUUGGAGACAAAAGUCGUCACCGAGAUAGACAACCCCGACGGAAGUAGCCUGAGCAUUUUGGACGUCAGAAGGAACCGCGUCGUUUUCACGAGGUUCUCCAACAUCCAGCCACCCCAGUUGGUGGUCGGCAAAUUCGACCCCGCCUCGGAAAACAUCGGAAACCUGCAUCUGUACAACUGUACGAAGCCCUUGGACGUUCCGAAGGCGGAGAGUCUCAUGUACGAGCACACGGAUUUCAUUUACAAAACCGACGAACCCGUCAGUUUCGCCGUGUUGCAAGUAAAUUAUCGUGGUUCCACUGGUAUGGGUUCGGACAACAUUGAAUUUCUCAGUGGCAGAAUAGGGGAAACUGAUGUCGUCGACUGCACAACAGCGAUCGAUCUUGCCCUGAAAAAGUACCCUCACCUUGAUCCAAAAAAAGUUUGUCUGUACGGCAGUUGUCACGGGGCGUACUUGUGUGCCCACCUCAGUGGACAAUAUCCCGCCAUGUUUCGAGCAGUUGUCAUGAGAGCUCCUAUUAUUGAUAUACAAACAAUGUUCAACCAAACAGAUAUUCCAGAUUGGUAA